AUGGAUGAGUCAGAUUCUGGGCGUUCAUCAAAGUUGAAGCAACCAAUACCAAAAACUAUUCGGCAAUUUCCUGGAGGGCGUGGAAGGUUUCCAAUUGUGGUAAAUUCAAUUAAGCGUAAAGAUAAUAUUGCUUUUAAUUGCCUUUCAAUGGAAGCUGCACCAAAGAAAUUUCCUCCUUCAGGCAUUUUAAAACGAUUUUCCCAACGGGAUUUUCCAGCUGGUCGUGGGAAACGAGAUUCUUUUUCUGUUUCAAAAGAUGGAUUUUCGGACACUAUUCUUAUGGAUGAGCCACUAGAGAACCGUGUCGCUGGAACCAUCCCAAGAACGUGUCCUCGUUCAAGGAUUAUGAAAGGCGUUUCAAGCAAGCAGGAUUUUCCUGUAGGGAAACAGGAUUCUUGUUAUCCUUUUGAGGACUACGUCACGACCGACUAUAAGGGGAAUCAACAUUCCAAUUUUGAUUCCGAGGAGAGUGUCCCUUACAAUGGGAAGGCUUUUGCGGACCCUGAACCACUGGGAGCUGAUAUUAGGAUGAUCAAAUCUCCUGUUUAUGGAGACAUUGAUGAGGAUCAAGAAUCAAGUGCUAGUAGUCGUAGUAAAGUGAAGAAGGUUUUGGGACUGUACCAGGAGAUUCUGACCAAGCUCUUGGGGGAAAAGGAAGCCAAGCUGAAAGGACCCAAGGCUAAAAUCUAUAUAGAAGCAGCAACUAUUCUUAAAAGUCGCCAUAAAUGGUCUAAUACGAGCAAACGGAUUGGACAUAUUCCAGGAGUUGAGGUUGGCGACAGGUUUCGAUUCAGAGCUGAACUAAAUAUUAUUGGCCUUCAUGGAAACUUUUUCACUGGUAUAGAUUACAUGACAAAGGACGGGAGGAAACUGGCCACAUGCAUUGUUGCAACUAAGCGUUAUGCCAAUGACAUGAAAUCAUCUGAUGUCUUGAUAUAUUCAGGCUACGGUGGAAAUCCCUCAAUUCUAAGGAAGCAGUUACCACUUAGAGAUCAGAAACUUGAACAUGGAAACCUUGCACUGAGGAAUAGUAUGGAUUCAAGGAUUCCUGUAAGAGUCAUCCGUCAACAAAAUUUCAAGGGCUCCAAGGCAUCCAUAUCUGCUUUUAAAGGUAUCAACCGACAAAAGAAUUUGAACCCGCUAUAUGUUUAUGAUGGCUUAUAUCUGGUGGAAAAAUACUGGCAAGAAAGAGGAAAUUUAGGAAAACUUGUUUUCAAAUUUCAGUUGAUAAGAAUUUUGGGGCAGCCUAAAUUAACUCGGAUUAUUAGUAAGUAA